GGAGAAGUUUGCGUUGAAUUUCGUGAUAGUAAAAAUGGCACUGAAAUAGAAAAUGUUGUCUUUUAUUUGACGUGUGUGAAUCGAAAUAGGGUUGAUAGGAGUUGUACGUUCAUUUCAUCAUGCGUCAGACUCUUGGGCUGUUAGUUAUGCUGUCUUAAGGAGAAUCUUUCGCUUCUUCGGGAAACUAACGUCAAAUCCUGACCGUUACUCAGCCGUUAAUGAUGUCUGGGAGUUUUUUCUUCACCGUAGUAACACUUUUAGGAUUUUUUCUGUCAGGCUCCAGAAUUUGUGCAGAGGAGGCACCUCCCCGUAUCGUCCACCAUCCGUCUGAUGUGGUGGUGAAAGUGGGGAACCCUGCCAAGCUGUCCUGCCGAGCAGAGGGCGGCCCGUCACUGACCAUCGAGUGGCUGAAAAAUGGACAGCCUAUUGAGAAACUGACAGAAGGACAUAUGCAGACCAUCAUUCUGUCAGAGGGGAGUCUUUUCUUUCUGAGUGUAGGAAGAGGAAAGUGGGGUCAGGAAGGCAUCUACACGUGUGUGGCCAGGAAUAGUGCAGGCACAGCCACCAGCCGUAAUGCAACGCUGUAUAUUGCAGCGUUGCAGGACGAGUUCACAGUGCAGCCCAGUGAUGUAGAGGUGUCAGAGGGGGAGGUGGCUGUCUUAAAAUGUGGGCCUCCAACAGGACGUCCUGAACCAAAUGUAAUCUGGAAGAAGAAUGGUUUGCCCAUCGACAGCAUGGAUCAAGAUUAUACAGAGCUGAGUGGGAAGCUAAUCAUCGCUCCUGCACAGAAGUACCACUCUGGUAUGUACGUUUGUGUGGCCAGCAACAUCGCAGGAGUGAGAGAGAGCAGGGCGGCUCGACUGACUGUCCUGGCCAUGCCUGUGUUGGUGCUGAAGCCAGAAAAUGUGUCUGUUAGGAUGGGAGAGUCUGCCCACUUCUACUGCCAGGCUAAAGGUGACCCUCCACCUGCUGUGGUCUGGAGCAGAGAGCAGGGGCCUCUGCCCAAUGGCAGGUAUCUUGUAAACCCCGACCAGACUCUGCAGAUCCAUUAUGUCACCGCUCAGGAUGCUGGGAAAUACACCUGCACAGCUGCCAAUGAUGUGGGCAUGGUCACUGCCAGUGCACAACUGAUAGUUGAAGAGGCUGCCAGCACUGUUCAGAAAGACCUCCACAAAGAGCUGUCAGCCCUGCGAGUUGCUCUAGAAAAUGUCACCAUCGUGGCCCCUGGGUCUAAUGUAGCCCUGGUGCAAUGGAAGCUGCAGUCCCUCCCAGGCCAAACUCAUUACCUUGAUGGCUUUGAGGUUCUGUAUCGCUCUCUGCUGCCCGCCAGCUCAGACUGGGCAGCAAAGAAAGUGACUCUACCCAGCUACCAGGCUCAGGUUGGCCCCUUGAAGCAAGGCUUUAAGUACGAGUUCAAAGUACGUCCUUAUGGCAGCAACCUGUAUGGUAGAGAGAGCAACACUCGGCACCUCAGAGUGCCUGAAACAGUACCCAGUGCCUCUCCACAGGCAGUUUCCAUCACAGUGAGCCAUGAUCAGAACAACACCAUCCACCUGAGCUGGGAGCCUCCUCCUCAUGACACCCACAAUGGGAUCAUUCAGGGAUACCAGGUAUGGUGCGUAGAGUCUGAUGAGAAGCUGUACCAGAACUGGACCGUGAAUAGUGGCCAGCACACUCUGGAUAUAUCUACUCUGACACCAGGAAAACAAUACUGGAUCACUUUAGCAGCUGUGAACGGAGCUGGAGUUGGAGCUCUGAGUGACCCUCAUGGAUUUGUCAUCAAUCCACAAAACAGCCCAUCUGAUUCAGAUGGUAAAAGCAGGGAUCAGGUCCUGGCCCUGCUUCAGGACCCUGUGGUGAUUGGGAGCAUUGGCGCCCUCAUGUGGUGUGGUUUGAUGGUUGCAGCUGUUUGCCUUUUCAGACGUCACAGUAGGACAGGCAGCCUAAUACCAGGACAUCACCGAUCUAAAGGACUGCAGAGAUUAGCCAGUGAGGAUCUCAUCAUCAAACACAGGAUGGCGGCUCCAGACUCCCCCUGGAUCUCUGGAGGAUGGAGACCUGCUUUUAACCAGAAGUAUCAGGAUCUGUGGGCUCAGGGUCAAAAACAUCCAGGCAUCAAAAGCACCAGUCUCCCAGUUUCUUUAAAGAAGGACCCAGGCUGCCUGGACUCAGCCGUCCCCAUUGUGACCGACAGUUGUGGGGUCUACGGCACUUUUUACGUGGACCUCAUGGGAAACGGCCUGAAGACCUUCAACAGUCCAAAACGCUGCCCUAAAAUGCCUCAUGGUCUGCCCCAUCAGCAGGGAGUGGAGACCAUCCAGAUAUUCUCUCAGCCUGUGGCAAAGAGCUCAUCCUUAGGUAGCCAGGAGGCGUUGGCAUGGAAACACGCCAUACGCCCCCAGCCAAAGAUGGGGGUACUGAGAGAGUCCAGAGAGAAGAUCCACUGUAAGCAAGAGUUGCAUGCAGUGAACAGUGUCCCCAUUGUGCCAACCAGGAACCAGGCUUGUCCGUCCAGUGUCUACAAACAGAGACUCAGUCAUGUACCAUCAGGAAGACAAGAAUGUAAUAAAGCUCCUUGCUGUCCUCGCCUGCUGCAUUACUCUGCAUCUUUACACCUGGUGGACAUGCUGCCUCCACCUCCACCUUUACCCAUAGAAGACAUCAUCGACUCUCACAGCCUCAUCUCAGACGAAGGCUCCAGUCGUUCUACAAAGCUAACAGUGGACAUGGGCUCUCUACAGUCAGUAUGUGCUGCAUCAGGCCACCGAGGGCCACCAGGACAAACAAACAACAACAACAACAACAGCCAUCCCUCUUACAGCCACCUGUCCACUACUUCAUACUCCAGACCAAUGGAUGAUGAUCAUGGAGGCACACUGACAGCAGAGGAGGCCACUCAGUAUCUGGAGCUCAGCCCCAAACCUGAGAGAUGCAGCAUCCUGCCUGAGCCACGUCCCUCCCUGUCCCAGCCUUUCUCCUCCACCCUGGGCUUCUUCUGUGGGCCGGUCCGCUCCACUCAGCUGGAAGACGACACGGCUGUCAGUGAACCUGAAGCCCCACCCAUUGGCCUGCGACGUGCCCGCCUCCAGAGUACACCGUCUUCCUGCUACAGUGAGUGGGACAGCUCACUGUGGAACACCUGGAGCUCUGUCAUGGACGGAAACAUGGCGAGCGCUCGCACCAGCCUCAUCAGCUCUGUGGACAGCUGCUACACCAACGACAGCGCCAACUUUGCUCACCUGUUGGCUGUGGCAGCUGAGACCAUGAGUGGAGCCUCUCUGUCAGAUUUCUCUCCACCAGCCUCCCCACUCAGCGCCUUGUAUCCGUCGUUCAGAGGAGAUGGUGACUCGUUCGGGGAGGUGGAGCCCGUUCCUGCGUGGGACUGGAGUAUGGCCUGGAUGGAGGAGAUGGAGGCCCAGUACAGAGCACACUAUCCUGGAAAGAGCUGCAGACCUUUUGACGCUUGAGGGCAGCGCCAGAAGAGUGAGGAAAAGUGAACUUCAGAAACAGCUCAGCCAGGCCCGGACAGAACGAAUCGAAGAGAAAGACAAACUGCGGAGGGACAAAUUUACUUUUUGGAAACAGUUUGAAGUCUUAAUAAUUAAGGGUUUGGCAUGUGUCGAAUUUCUGUUCAAACAUAAAUAUCUGGAUUUAAAAUAAUUGGGGUCAACUUUUGAUGUGUGCAUCACCCCUGCAUGUCAUUUUCUCUCUGUAGAGUUUUUCCAGUUUACCUCACAGCAGUCCAAAAACUGUAUCCUCUCCUCUCAUUAGAGCAGAGGAUAAUGAGAUACUUCCCGUGGGAUGUUCUCACCCUGCGUGGUUUUGAAAAGGCCAGACAGACACAAAGACAGGAUUCAAGACGGUAGGAAAGCAGUCAUUAGGCAGAAACAGAAAUGCUGCAGGAGAUUUCUUCAUGGCACACGUUUGUCUCUCAUUACCAUAGAUCUGUGGCAGGAUUUUAUCAUGGCUGAUGUCCUACCAAACUGAGCAGAGCACAGUGAAAUAUAUGAAGUUUCCACCCAUGAUGUGUAGAUAUAUUCAGCACAUUCAACAAGUGUUAUUUAAAGAGUUUUAAAAACACUACAAAUCAUUUACUGUCAGAUUUUUCUGUGAAUUAUUUCAUAUCCUUUGUUGUAUUUUAUAUUUUGAGAUCGUUUUUGUCUCAGUUGACUUUGUUUUUGUUUUAUAGUGUUUGUUAGAUGACACAUGAUGUAGAUCAGAAUAGACAAAAUAGAAUAUAUUUCAGAUAUUUUAAGCUAAUGGAACUAACAGGACUUGAAUUUUAGUGAAUAUUCACAAGGAAGUAUAAAAGUUUAAAAAAGCUGCAUAACUUUAGGUUUUGCUUGGCUGAUUAUUUUUCUGCAAAUAUGCUAACCAUUGUAGAAUUAAAGUUUAAUGUUUUUUAUUUAGCAUUUUUUGUUUCUUUUGAAUUACACGUGUUUUAUAUUCUAAAAUAAAUCUUUCCAUCAAUCAAUAUCAAUUUUACCAGCA